AUGGCGCGGGCAUCUCGAUCUUCGCGCUUCACACUGUACGUCAUCUUGGUCAUCGCCCAAAAGCGCUGCCAGCUGUCGUUCGACGUCCCUGAGCGCCGCCUCUGCGCGCCGCCGCCCACGGGCAACGGCCUGGAUGCGUUGCCUGAUUGCGUGCUGCGCCUGCAUGUGCUACCGCUGCUGAGAGGGGCAGACAAGAAGGCACUCAGGUUGGCGGCAGUGGAGGUGUUUGACUGCCAGGACGCAACACUGGCUGAUGACACCCUGGCGGGCUUCCUGGGCAGCACCGGGCCACAGAUCCUAUCUCAGAUCCACGCGGUCGACGUGAAGCGCUGCCACUAUGUCGGCCGCCCCCUCCUGGCCUUCCUGCGCAGCAGCUGCCCCGCGCUGAGGCGCCUGUCGGCCAGCAGGUGGACCGACAGCAUCACCCUGGCCGCCAUCUGCCGCCUGGCUGCCCUGGAGGAGCUGGACCUGUCACACGCGGACGGCCUGGACGACGGCGGCCUGGCGGCGCUGACAACCCUGCCGCGGCUGAGGUCUCUCACGCUGGCGGGCUGCCGCUGGGUCGGCGACGCCGGCUGCGCCACGCUGGCAAAGAUCACGACCCUGGAGGCCCUCUCCCUCGCCGGCACCGCCGCCGGCCCGGCCGCCCUCGACCACCUCUCCGCGCUGCCGCGCCUCCGCCGCCUCGACCUGUCCGGCUGCGCGCGCAUCGACGGCGAUGCGCUGAGCUGCGUGGCGAGGAUAUCAUCCCUCGAGGCCCUCGAGCUGCGGGACCCGGGGGGCGCGGUGGGCGCGGCGGGCCUACGGCAUGUGGCGGCGCUGCCGCGGCUGCGCGAGUUGGACCUGGGGGCAAGAUUUGUGGUGGACGAUGCGGCCGCGGAGGGCCUGGCAGCCUGCCGUGCGCUCACGUCGCUGAGCGUGGGCAGCUUUACCCUGCUGCGCGCCCCCACCUCCGCCUUUGGCACAUCGCUGCGCCGCCUGGCGUUUGGCGGGGGCGCCGCGUCAAAGGGCCUGGAGCUGCUGCCGCCGCUGCCGCGCCUCGAGGCACUGCACAUUACCGGUGUUGACACCGUGACAGACCGCGUGAUGGCCGCCAUGUCGCGCCACACCACGCUCACAGAGGUCUCACUUCGCGGCGGCUACACCCUGACCAAGGCCGGCCUGGCCUGCCUCCUGGCCCUGCCCAACCUGGCCUCCCUGUUGGUCGUGUCCUGCCCGGCAGCUGGCGGAGCGGCCCUGGACGCCUUUGCUGCGCAGCACCCGCGCCUCAGGACGGCGGCGUCUGUGCACGCUGCCGGCGUGAGCGCGGCGGCGUGA